GCACGUUCCGGUCCGAUGCUUCGCACGUACCGGGGGACCGGAUACCUUCGUAGGUCCUUAAUUAAUGCACUGUACAUAACUUCACUCCUCCCAUUUUCGUUCAGCGGGGGGUGUUGUUUCACGCUAGGAUGUCGUAUACAUGUCUCACUUUACUACCGUUUGGCUCAAGGAAAACCAGGUGCGACUUGUUGGUAGUUAUCGGUCGUUUACCUGUAUCUACAGAUACAUUGGUGCUUAUACAGUGCUCACUAGCUUUCGGCGCAAGAACAUCGGUACUAAAAUUUUCUAGCUCCUCAUACCCGCGCGCAUGCCCCCGCGGACCAGCUUUCCUCCUCUUAUGGGGGCACGAGCGCAAGACGGCAGCACGUACAGGUUUGCGUGGGAUGAGAUCGGUCUUGAUGGAGGCCCACGCACAGCCUACCAACUACAUGGUAGGCGGCUGAUAGAACGCCGCUGCGUUUUAUCAUUAUGACAGGUUGUGUUCGUAUUGGCGCGCAAAAGGCGUAAGGUCUAGGCCCUGUGGCCCAAUAGCGACUGCCGCAAGGGACACUGCAUUCAUAGCAGCACUUGAGUGGCCCAGGGAACCAGCACUAAGGCGCUAGCGCCCUCCUACAGCAGGAUGAGGAUUGCCCUUGGACGUCACCAGGUGUUUACAGUGAACUCUUCUUUUCAUGUGAAAGAAGGAUGACCCAAAAUGUCCGGACAAACUACUUCAUUUUAUCACCUUUGCUGCCACAAGUGCGUCAAGUCUUCGUAUACACAAGCAGGAGUUUCAGAGCAAUGCCAAGAUCUGUACAGCCACUGGCGCACAAGUUGGCUUCCUGGAGGGCACGCUAUCCUGCUCGUCCAGUACAGCGACAGAAGCAACAGCAGGACGUACUCUGAGCACGAUACGGUGAGUCGAGCCAUGGAUGAUAUAUGUCAGAUGUACGAGCAGGUCAUAAAGAUGGAUGGUGGGAGAUCACAAGCCAAGUACACGAUUGAGGACUUGUGGGCUUUCGUGGAUCGCUUGGAGGAUAUUGCGUGCCUCGUUUAUGACACGAAGCUUGGAGAAUAUCGACCGCACAACCGUGAAUGGAUCAAGAACCAGGUGCUCAAGCAUUUGAAGGUACAGCUGGUAUGAAUUCCAAGGCUGGCAGACCUGAUCAGGAGCGUUUGCACGGGUUAGGAGAGGCUUGAUGCCGAGCGCAAA